CACGCUUCAAAUCGGUGAGAAAAAUACAAAAGGCACAGCUAACAAAUUGUAUACGUUCAGUAAGCAUCUGAUAGGCAUUUCAAAAUCAAUCCCUUGAAAAUGUCGAUUUUAAUUUGUUUCGUUGUUACAUUGUUGGCUCUGCAGCAGACCCCUUUUCUGGCGGCCCAUCGAUUCGGCGAUGUUUUGGAGAGUGAGGAACGUAAUCAAAUAAUGUCCAUGUUGGAUGAAACCAAGGAAAUGGCCGGCCAGGUUGAGGCCAUGCUUUUGAAAGUUCUACCCGAAAUACCAACUGGAAAAACUUACGAGGAGUUGCACAACAAUGUUCUGGAAUAUUAUGACAAAGUUCAUGGCUACAAGGAGCGGAAGUAUCAUUGCCGCAAGAGGGCUCGUCAGUUCUUGGAGGGUUUUAAAGAGUUUUCCGAAAUCUACUCGAAUGAGCAGGCUGAUACGCCGGAAAAGCAAGAGGUGGUUAGGCUAUUGGAAGAGGCUGGCCUAAAGGAGAUGCGUGAGAAAUUCAAUGAGAAAAUGGCCCGAGAUGAAUUCGAUUAUAUUUUGGAAUAAUUUGUGGGAAAUAAA